AUGUGCUGUGUUGUUUUAUCUAUUUUACAAAUGUGAAGCGACAGGUAAGUUAUAUUUAGCUUUAUAGUAGAACCAGUUUUUAAUAAAAAAAAACAGAAAAGUAGUUUUAUAGUACUGUGCAGUACACGGCGGGGUGUCAUAAGGACCUAAACCCCCAUACCCCACUAUACCAAUUGGGACGAAAACGUGUCCAUCUUAGCCUAACCAAAUAUAUGCGUUAAUUAUCGUUUCUCCUUGUAUAGGAAAUGAUACAUUUGAAAGAAACAAGGUGAAUGUCUUCUCCUACUCACCCAACCAGAAGAAUAAAUUCCAACUAUCAUACAUGGUAUGUCUCCCAUCCACCCCGCAUGCUCUUGUCGUCAAAGCCAAACCAACCAACACUUCCCUGCCGCAUAAAUUCAGAGUCAAAGUCGAUGAAAUGUUUCAUGAUAGCGCCAUCGUUGAAAUAGAACGACUGGAUUCCACAUCGGGUUGGGAUUGGAUGUCUCUGACAUUCCAAUUCACUAUUUACACGUCAGAUGAAAUAGGAGACGAUUGGUACAGACCUGGGAGCGGAUACUUAUACAAGCUCCUACCAGAUAAAACGAACCAUAAUCUUGCACGUGAUGCUUGUGAAGAGUUGGGUGGUUGGUUGAUAAUAUACGGAGAAAUUGACCAUACUGUUAGAGAACAACUUAAGAAGCGAUAUAGAUCACUGUUAAACAAUAAAAAUUACUGGAUUGGGUUGACUGAUAAAGAUAAAGAAGGGGAAUGGAUAUGGGAUGACUGGACAGCGGUCGAUUCAUCACAAUUGAGAUGGAAAGAGGGGGAACCGAACGGACAAAAGAAUUCAAACUGCGUUAUUUCGACGAGGUAUGCGUGGUAUGAUAUUAAUUGCAACUUGGAUACAAAAUAUCAAACUCUUUGCGAAAGGCCAGACUUGGAGCAAAACAACAAUCGAAAUAACAACAAAACAUAAACUUUUUAUGCUCGCUUGUUAAUGUAACAUCUGUCGCUAUAACCAUGUUCUGUUUCUUACAGAUUUUGUUCCCGCUUUCAAAUUUCCCACAUACGCUUUUUUGGUUGUAGUUUUUUUUGUCUUUUUGUAAGGCAGACAGUUUGAGCAGCACAAUUAAAACCAAUGGGUUGCAGUAAAAAAAAUUUAUAAAUGUGUGACGUAUUACAUAGGAACUUCUUUAUAUAAUUGCUAUGCAUAGCCAUAAAUGUGUAUACAACAUCCGAGUGAAUUAUGUAAAGGUAUACAGUGUUGUUUAUUGUACAAAAAAAAAACAUUUUGACUUU